AACGUCGAAACCCACGCUCCCGCCCCGGCCUUAGAAACCAAAAAAUAAAACAAAAACAAAUCGUUAACCGUUGAUGGGAAACACCGUCACUUGAAGUAGCAGAAGCGGCGGUUUCACGCUACGUUUUUCUGAUUUCGAUCUCCGAAAGCGAAUUUUUCUUUUUUGUAAAUAAAUAAAAUAAAAACGCUUUUUGAUAACGACACGCUUCAGCUAACAACAGAUUAAAACAAUAUUAGUCACUUUUAUUAAUUUUUAAAUUUUUAUUCUAGAAACAAUAGUGUGAGAAUUUUUUUUCCUUUUCCGUUUGGAGAGAGAGAGAGAGAAAAGCCCGCCUCGCAACCUAAAGUGAUAGCUUUUUUCUCAUUUCUUAGCUCUGGCUUUGAUUAUUUUAUUUAUUCAUUUAUUUAUAUAUAAAGAAAUAAGGAGAGAAAUCCAAAAUUCAACCAUUCGUUUUCAUGUGAAUUUCAAUCUGCUUCUAUUCUGUGUGGAAUGAAUGCGUUUUUUUUAUUCUUUUCAAGCAACGAGCUGUAAUAGAGAAUCGCACAGAUCUGGAAGACUUGGUAAUAUAUAAAAGUGACAGCAUCUCAUUAUUUCUGAGAUUUUCUGUGUCCGUUUGGUUGCAGAGUGAAGUCUGAUCAGGAUUUCGGAUGCAAAGUACAAUGCCUGGGGAGUUAAUAGCAUUUCAAGAAAACGAGAGGUUUAGAAAGGAAGGGAAUUUGGAUUUUGAGACGUCUGAGGACGAGAAAAGAAGACCGACGCGAGGGAGAUCUCUGAAGAAGAAAGCGAUGACUGCUUCAACAAAGCUGACACAUGGUAUAAGGAAGCGUGGCAAACGCGUGGCUGAUUGCAAAUUUGCGGCAAUUUCUAUCGAGGAUGUAAGGGAUGCGGAGGAGGAAAAGGCAGUCCAAGCUUUUCGCGAGGCAUUAGUUGCAAAAGAUCAGCUUCCCUCACGUCAUGAUGAUUACCACACUUUGUUAAGAUUUCUGAAAGCAAGGAAAUUUGACCUCGAUAAAACUGUCCAGAUGUGGGAAGAUAUGCUGAACUGGAGGAAAGAGAAUGGAGUAGAUACUAUUUUACAGGAUUUUGUGUAUGAUGAAUAUGAAGAAGUUCAGCGCUGUUACCCUCAUGGUUACCAUGGUGUAGACAAACAGGGUCGCCCAGUUUAUAUUGAAAGACUUGGUAAAAUUGACCCUACCAAGCUGAUGAAGGUUACUACAGUGGACAGAUUUUUGAAAUAUCAUGUGCAGGGCUUUGAGAAGGCUUUUGUGGAGAAGUUUCCUGCUUGUUCUAUUGCUGCCAAGAGGCAUAUAGAUUCUACAACCACAAUAUUAGAUGUGCAGGGGUUGAACUGGAUGAGCUUUGGCAAGGUUGCUCAUGAUCUUGUAAUGCGAAUGCAGAAAAUUGAUGGAGACAACUAUCCCGAGACUUUACAUCAAAUGUACAUAGUUAAUGCUGGAAAUGGAUUCAAACUACUAUGGAACACAGCAAAAAGCUUUCUUGAUCCAAGGACUACAGCAAAGAUUCAUGUUCUUGGGAACAAAUUUCAUAAUAAAUUAUUGGAGAGUAUUGAUCCAAGCCAAUUGCCAGAGUUUCUUGGUGGAACAUGCUCAUGCCUUAAUGAUGGCGGGUGUCUUAGAUCUGACAAAGGACCCUGGAAUAACUCAGAAAUAAUGAAGUUGGUGCACUCAGGAGAUGCCUUGUACUUGAGGAAAACAGAAAGUUCUUCUGAUAAUGACAAUUUGGAGGCCAAACUUUUAUCUACUAAGGUUGCAAGUAGUGAAAUAUCUUAUGCUUCCGAUGUGAGACCACAUACAUCAGAUUUAAUGCAGUUAGUGUCACUUUCUGACAAAGGACAGAUGAGUGCUCCUAAAUCAAUGCAUGACAUUAUUGAACCAGAAAGUGCUGCAAUAACUGAAGAAGCUAAUUCAACAAAUGAUGUAAUUAGCAUUGUUACUCCAAGAAAUCCAAGAAAGAAGUUCGUUAACCAAGUAAUAGAUUUUGUGGUUUACUUCUUACUCAAAUUGUUGGCAUGUAUAUUUUUCUUUGCCCCUGGACUGGGAAGAUUUUCUGAAGCACAAGAUUCAAAUCCACAAGUAGGAAACCUGUCUAAUCACGAGAUGGCAGGUUCAGGGUCUCUAGAAAAUGGUACCUUGACAGAAGCAAAAGAGGAGUCACUCCAUCCAUGUUGGCAGAGGCUACAAAGUUUAGAAAGCUUGGUAACUGACCUUUGUAACAAACCCAUAAACAUUCCUCCUGAAAAAGAAGACAUGCUUCUUGAAUCAUUAAGUCGUAUUAAAUCUAUUGAACAGGAUUUACAGAGAACAAAGAAAGCAUUGCUUGCAACUGCAUCAAAGCAAGUGGAACUCGCUGAGUCAUUGGAACAUUUAAAAGAGACCAGCUUAGCUGAAACUAAAUUGGUGACACUAGUCUGUUUUGGUUGCUUGCGUAAGUGCUGCCAGUCCAUUAUGGCAAGGUGUAAAACCUACCUGAUGGACCUAUGGACCCACAUAUAAUAAUAAAUUGGUUGGGAAAUAAAGUUUCACCAAACUAUCUCAGAUUAUGAUCAAUCUAUGUGAUAUUAAUAGGUUUGGCAUAUGCCUUAACAAUUGAACUUCUUGAUUUAUCCAUUUGUUAUAUCUGAAAGAAUGUGGGAUAUAAGCAUAGGUGCUUCACAACAAAAAGGCUGUAAUAAAUUAUAACCUAGUCAUAAAGCUGGUGAGUUUGAAGGUAUGGUUUGGAAUCAAUAUAUCCUUGUGCUUUGGUAUAGAAAAACUAAGCCUGCUUAUUGAACUCCCCUAACAAAACUCUUCUAGGUUCAUGAUUUUUUAUUCAGAGUUUCCAGGAAUUUAAAGUGCAUUUCUGGUUGUAUAACCAUUAUGUCUAGAAUAUGUAUUCGCAUUCAUGGUUAAUAGGGUGGUUCAAAUGCUUUGUAUAUUACUGAAAAAUGUGGAAUUUAUCCUGAAAUUUAGUGCUUUUGGA